ACAAUCGAAUAGAAUUCUUUCAACUACAUGACGUUUCUGUGAGUAACGAAUUGAACUAUCGGGGGCGUUCGCUGACCAUUACUGCAUACUACUUGACGGUUUUCGUAUGUGGUAUGUGUCCAGCAUUGUAAGAAGAAAACAUUGUUUUGGAUCUGUGUGCAGGAAAACCUCGUCACUGUAUAGAAAUGACGUCCCGCCUGGAAAAGGAACGUUCCAAGCAAAUACAAGAGAAAUGUCAAAAUCUUUUGAUACAAAUGCUACGUGAUGAGGAUAAUAAGUAUUGUGUCGACUGCGAUGCGAAAGGACCAAGAUGGGCUAGUUGGAAUCUAGGUAUAUUCUUAUGUAUUCGUUGUGCUGGAAUACAUAGAAAUCUUGGAGUUCAUAUAAGUAAAGUAAAAUCUGUUAACUUAGAUACAUGGACACCAGAACAAGUAGUGAGUUUACAACAAAUGGGUAACUCCCGUGCAAGAGCAGUUUAUGAAGCAAAUCUUCCAGAUAGUUUUCGAAGACCUCAAACAGUUUGUAGUCUUGAAAGUUUUAUUCGUGCAAAGUAUGAACAUAAAAAAUAUAUAGCCAGGGAAUGGGUACCACCUCCUUUACCAAAGGUCAAUUGGGAUAAAGAGCUUGACGAAGAAGCAGAAAGACAACGUAGGAGGAAAAAGGAAAAUUCUAAAACCUCAAAUAAUCAAGCUAUACUUCCACCUGUAAAAAAACCAGAAGUAGUGCCUCAGUUGCCAAAACCUAAAAGUUCUGUUAGUCCUAAACCUAAUAGAGCAAAUAAUUCUGCAACUCUAGACCUAUUGGGCUUAGAUGCUCCGGCACAAAAUCAAACAAGUGUAAAUGGUGCUGGAGAUGAUAUAUUUUCCUCUUUUUUAUCUGCACCUCCAGCUUCAGUAGCUUCAACAAGUAAUAGUACUUCUAAUACAACUACAAAUGCAUCAACAACAAUCAGUAAAAAUGAAGAAGAAAGCUUUUUUGAUCAACCAGCACCAUCACCUCAAGAAAAAAAUAAAAUGUCCAAAGACAGUAUUUUAGCCUUGUAUGGUACACCAAGUAAUCAACAAUCAGCAAUGUUUGCAGUUCCUGGUGGAAUGUAUGCUCAACAAUCUACCGUUCAGUAUAAUCAAAUACCAACUGUAGUACCAUUUGGUCAACAAACUAAUUUUCCAAAUCAACAAAGUUCCUUGACUCAAAUUCCCACCCAGAUAUCUGUUACACCUAAUCAACUACCUAUCACUCAGAAUCAAAUUACAGUGAAUUCUACUUCAUUAGGACCAGUGGCAUCAAAUACUUUAGGAAACUGUUUACAUGUAGGCCAGAUAAAUCAGAUGAAUGGUGUACCUAACCCUGCCAUUACAAUGCAAUCCCAGAUGGUGAUGCAAUUAGGACAGUCUAAUAUUAAUAGUAAUAAUGGUUGGAGUGGAAUGUUAACACAAAAUCUUCAACCAGCUCCUGGUAGCAAUCCUUUUUUCAAUUUAACGUCUCAACAACAGCAACAAUCUGUUACAUUUGGCCCACAGUUACCACAACAAAUGGCACAACUUUCCUUAGGUGGCACGAAUUUUUCAAGUACCCCAGGGAAAUCUACUGCUACAACUGCACUUUCUGGACAAACGCUUUCCACCAAUUUAUGGCAGUAAAAGUCUUAUGGAUAUUAUUAGUUGAUUGAUUAUUCCAUUCAGUGUUGUACACUAGUGUCGAAUGUUUGUUAUCCAACAUGAUUAAAUUUCCAUAUUAGUUUGGAAAUCUCUGGGAUAUAACACAAGAAAGACACAAAUGAAGAGUACUCGAAUACUGUCAUUUUUGAAAAGUAAUUCGUGAAUGCAUACAGUAUUUUGAGCCUAAAAGGUUUUUCUUCUAAAGCUUUGCUAGCUUUCAACGUUAUUGUUGGAAAAGUGGGAACUACAAAUAAAAACGAAUUUUUGACUGAUUAUAAAGAGUUGUUCAUGACGUACAGUAUAUAUGUAUUUGACAAUGUAAUUGUAUUAUUUGCAAAAAAUGGGUGCUUUUGUAUUCACGAUGAAUGUAUGUCAGGGUCCACUUUCAUUAUAGCAAACGAUUUCAUUACACUUAAACAAGUACAAGCAUCUUUAGUACAAUAAGCAUAGUUUGCGACAUAGUUCAUUUUUACCCCAAAACAUAAAAGAAAAUCAGGUAUAUAACAGUUUUCACGGACAAUUAAAGUUCUUUGAUAAAUUAUAUAUCAAAGGCUAAUUUACUUAAACAGUGACCUUUCUUGUUUCAAAAGCAAAUUUAUUUUCUAGUAUAACGUUGCAAUGUUUGUAUGUACUCAAAAUGUAUUGAAUGUUUUAAAGUUUAUUUGCUACCUUUAUCUCCUAUUAAUACUGAUUUAUGUAAAAACUGGAAAAACUAUGUCUUGUGUUUUAAAGAGUUAGUGAUAUUGUUACUAUUUCAGUAGUGUGUUGCUUGGAGCGCUAAACUGCAACGUUGAUUGUAGAUUAAAGAACAUUUUAGACCUUAAUAUUCUUGAGCAAGUAUUAUUAAUACAUCUUGUCAAAAUGUAUUUAGUGUUUUUGUUAAUAUCUAAUGGCAGAGACUUAACAAACUAAACAUAUUAUCUAUACUUUGAUUCUUAUAGCAUACAUGAAAUACUACAAAAACUUAUGAUUUUAAAUUUUAUGCAUUUAGAACUAAAUUUUAAUUACGAUUGAUUGUUUGAUGAGAAUUAAAAUUCUAUGUAAAACAGGUUUGGAUGUUUGCCUGUUGAAAAAUUAUGUAAUUUAUUACCGUAUAAUAUGAUAAAUAUUGAAACUUGACAAUAAGUUCUAAACAUAUUAUCCGUCACAGUCAUGUUUUAUUGAAUUGAAUUUUUAUCUUAUUAAGUAAUAUGUACUUGAUCAUGUAGUUGAAGAAAAGAUGCAUGAUACAAAUGUAAAAAGAUUUUUUUAUGUAAUUUUAUAAAUAAUUAUGAACUGUCAUACAAUCUAAAUUAAUUAGGACUUGUGACUUGCUGUUGCAUCGAGAAAAAUUAACAUAUUGUAAAACUGAUAUAAGUACAAAUACACGUUGUCAAAAUAUUAAAAAAAAUGUAUAAUGUAUAAUUUAUAAAACUUCAAUAACAAUUGAGCAAUCAAUCAA